AGACUCACAGGUGUCAUAAGGGCGCAUUACGACAAAGAAACAAAGAAACGACGCCCACCGCUGAACAAAAAGGGAAACACAAAGCGUUGCAGUAGCUGCCUGGAUCUGGAUACGGGCAAUCUUUGGAAAUGCACCAGAUGCUCCAUAGACAUAUGCACUCAGAAAAACGGCUCUGGGUGUCUCAAGCUUCUCCGCGAUGUGUCGAAGACGGAGUUUAUGUGUCGUGAUUGCAUGAUCACAAUGGGCAGUCUGGAUAUACCUUAUGAAGUUGAAAGCUACUUUCGGGGCUCACGGCGCCAAAGGUCAAAUAAUGCCCUAUGGGUGGCAUACCUGUCAAACUCGGGUAGAUUUGUUAUGGAUGUGGUUUCUAGGCACCUCUUGGCACAGUUUGCCUCUUGCAGUGACAAUCUGUAUAUGUGGACCCGCGAUUUGACGCAGCCUCUUGCACCAUCUCUUACCUCAUCUGAGACUGACAAGGCGCUUUUCUGGAUGAGAAAUGUCUGUAAACAUGCCAAGGACAUAUUGGUAAUGGUCAAUGCCGAUUGCGAUGCAGUAUCGGGCAACGUCAUUCUGCCUGAGCGCCAAAUGGCUAUGGAAACGGUUAUCCCUCAAUACUGUGGGGUAGAUGACUUCAAGGACAUCCUGGAUUUAUCCCCCCCACAAGAUGUCCUUCGAGGGGUUAUUAUCCUCAAAGGCAGAUCGUGCAUGAACGUUCGGGCGAGGUAUGAAGAAUUAGUUGCUGAAGUCAAAAAGUAGUCAUUUUGACUUCAUACUUGUAUUCACGCAUUCCGACCUGAGCCAGGAGGACCUUUCAAUCCCACUGAUGAGGUUCAUUGAACAUGUGUACAUCGACCACGAUGCUCCUUGGCAGGCUUUACAGAACGCUUUUGGCGACAAGGAUAUCCUUUUGGAGACCUCCCCGAUGCUCAUUUUUUCAGAUGCGGUCAAUGUGCACGGACAACGGGCGGAGGUCCAUACUAGGGUACUGUCUCGGGAUCACCAUCUUCUUCCCUUUGGUCUGGAGUACUGGCGGUCCCUGUGCUCCUGCAAGUCAACCUUACCCAAGCUUUCCACCAACUACAACACUUAUGGAACGGAAACUCUGG